AGGCGCUUAUCUUUCGAUCUCUCUCCGCCUCAUUUCAUUUCACCCCAGACCAGAACUGGAGAAAGAGAGAGAGAGAGUCACGCUUUUCUUCCAUCGAUGGGGUUCUGGAACCACUAAUUACUCUUCAUCAUCCCACUUCUUAAGAACUAACUAACUAAACUCACCUCCCCACCGCUUCCUAUAUAUAACCUACUCGAUCCAACUGUCGUCACCACUACCCUUGUCUCCUCCUAUCCCUCCUCACAGCUUUAUCAUUGUCCGCUUUUGCGACCCACGCCCAGUGCUUUCCACUCUUGAUCUGGUAUCCACUCCGCGAUGGGUUCCAACAGCGGCAGAACCACCAAGCUCGCCUUGGUGCCGCUCCCCAAAGGCUCGGUCUUACUUCCUGGGGGAACUCUCCGUAUUCCGGUCUCCAACCGACCAGACAUCGCUAAUCUCCUGGCCACCGUGCUGGACCGCUCACCGGCGGCGAAACGCGAUGGGAGCAUCGUCACCUUCGGAUGCAUCCCCCUCAGCUCCCCGUAUCUGAGCAAAGAUGGCCAACGGGUCAUCGAUGACGGGAAUCUGGAGGAUGACAAGCGGGAAGAAUACGACAUGAUCGAUGCCGGCCAGGCGCGCAAGGAGGAUCUCUUCCGGUACGGCACCGUGGGCAAAGUGAUCGGCAUCCAACGCCGUGCCUACGCGGAGCCAUCUCUCCUGGUUCAGGGAAUCCAGCGCUUCACCCUCAAACGAGUUCUGAAGGAACGGCCUUUCUUCGAGGCAGAGGCUGUCAUGCAUGACGAGAAAGUUAUUAACGACACUGAGACGGUGGAUUUAUUCCAGCAGCUAAGACAACUCUCGAAAGAGCUACUGACUCUACUGCGGCUGUCCUCACUAGUCCCUUCUGUGGGCACCCGUCUGUCGCCUAUCAUUGCUCGCAAGUUUGAGAUCUUCAUUACCAAGUCCGAUAUCUCCCACGCCGGGAGACUGGCCGACUUCAUGGCUGAUGUGGCCGAUUCCGCCUUCGAGGAAAAGUUACGGAUCCUGGCCUCAUUCGAUGUUCGGGCUAGGCUGGAAGGCGCCAUUGAGAUCUUGAGCAGACAGGUACAGAACAUCAAGGGCAACGUCAAAGUCACGGUUAUCCCUACGAAUACAUUCCCUGGCUCUUCGUUCGACAUCAGUCAAAUCGACCCGCGCGACCGUGAGAUGCUGGCCAAACGAGCAAUGGCAGGCUUGACGGGUCUGACGCCGCCCGGUAUGGCAAGUGGCCGGAACAAUGACGGGGACGACAAGGAAGCGAACGAAGUGGACGAGCUUCAACAAAGGCUGAACGAUGCUGAGCUUAGCCCUGAAGCCAGGAAAGUCGCGGACAAGGAGCUGCGUCGCCUUCGGAAGAUGAACCCUGCCAAUGCAGAGUAUGGCGUCUGCAGGAGCUAUCUCGAAAACAUCGCCGACAUCCCGUGGACCAAGGUCACUGAAGAUCAGCUUGGACCGGAAACUCUGAAGAAUGCCCGGAAGCAACUGGAUGACGACCACUAUGGCCUGGAGAAGAUCAAGAAGCGGCUACUUGAGUACUUGGCGGUGCUGCGUCUGAAGCAAACGUCUAACAAGGAUGUCCAGCGGCAGAUCGAGGGGCUCACUAAGGAGCUGGAUGCUUCCGAUGCAGGUGACAUUGAGAAGGAUAUUCCGAUGCUAUCGGAAGCCGACAGAGUUACUCUUGAGACCAAGCUGCACCUACUGGAGUCCAAGCGCAUUGGCGACAAGUCGCCAAUUCUGCUGCUUGUGGGCCCCCCCGGUGUUGGAAAGACGAGUCUGGCACGGUCCGUGGCAGCGUCCUUGGGUCGCAAAUUCCAUCGGAUUUCCCUGGGUGGUGUCCGGGACGAAGCAGAGGUCAGAGGUCAUCGUAGAACAUAUGUCGCUGCCAUGCCCGGCUUAAUUGUCAAUGGCCUGAAGAAGGUUGGUGUCGCGAACCCGGUGUUCUUGCUGGACGAGAUCGAUAAGGUGGGCGGAGCCAACUUCCAGGGCGACCCUUCGGCAGCUAUGCUCGAAGUGUUGGACCCCGAGCAGAACCACACCUUCACCGACCACUACAUCGGCAUUCCAAUCGACCUAAGCAAGAUCCUCUUCAUUGCCACGGCCAACUCCCUGGAUACUAUUCCUGCCCCGCUCCUUGACCGCAUGGAGACGAUCUCCCUGUCCGGCUACACGAACAUCGAGAAGCGGCACAUUGCCAAGCGACACCUUAUUCCCAAGCAGGUCCGGGCCAACGGACUCUCAGACGGUCAGGUCAUUCUCUCGGAUGAGGUCCUCGACAAGGUCAUUACGUCGUAUACCAUGGAAUCUGGAGUGCGUAACCUGGAGCGUGAAGUCGGCUCGAUCUGCCGGUCGAAGGCCGUGCAGUUCGCAGACGCGGGUGACACAGGGCGGCUGGAAGCGUACAAUCCCGUGGUGAGCCUCGAGGAUCUGGAAGACAUACUCGGCAUCGAGCGGUUCUACGAAGAGCUAGCGGAGAAGACCGGCCGACCAGGUGUGGUCACGGGUCUCGUGGCCUUCUCCACCGGCGGCCAAGGCAGUAUCCUGUUCAUCGAAGUAGCCGAUAUGCCGGGCAAUGGUAACAUCCAGCUGACCGGCAAUCUGGGCGGGGUUCUCCGGGAGAGUGUCGAGGUUGCUCUCACCUGGGUUAAGGCCCAUGCGUAUGAGCUGGGCCUGUCGGCGGACCCCAACGAGGACAUCAUGAAGAACCGCAGCCUGCAUGUGCACUGCCCGUCCGGCGCAGUUCCGAAGGACGGCCCCUCGGCCGGGCUGGCACAUACAAUCGGCCUGCUCUCGCUGUUCAGUGGCAAGCCCGUGCCUCCGAGCCUGGCCAUGACCGGCGAGAUCUCGCUGCGAGGGAAGGUGAUGCCCGUGGGCGGGAUCAAGGAGAAGCUGAUCGGGGCGCUGCGCGCGGGCGUGAAGACCGUGCUUCUGCCGCACCACAACCGGAAGGACGUCAAGGAUGUGCCGCAAGAGGUCAACGAGGGAUUGGAGAUCAUCUAUGUCAAACACAUCUGGGAAGCCAUCCGACAUGUGUGGCCCGACGCUCACUGGCCGGGUCAGCACCAGGCCAAUUUCAUUGAGAGCCGGCUGUAGAGACGACGUUCCGUGUUAUACUAAACCGACCAUUCGCAGUACACUUUUACCCCAUCGACGAGUGUAGAUAUUGCUUUUUGCGUGACUUAUACAGCCAGCGAGAUUGUCUCCUACAGCGAUUCUUGUUAAUAAUUCCACUCAAUCUAUGACCAAAC